UUUUUUUUUUUAUUUUUUUUUUAUGUAAAUUAAUUCUUUAAAAUAACGUCCAAUAAGAGAUAAGUAUAAUAAAGCAUGGGAGAAUGCAUACAUCAAGUACAAUACAACGGUUUAUGUGCCAUCUGUGGCUCAUUACUAGAUUUGGAUGACCUUACAGGUGUUACAGGAAGUCCUAUCGUGAUAGGAUAUGAUACUGUAGGAUUAUCAAUCAGUCGAGAGGAAGCAGAAAGGUUAGAAGCAGAAAAUGCACGUCGAUUACUUAAAUUACAGAAAUUAUCAUUAAUUAUUGAUUUGGAUCGAACAAUAGCUCAUGCAACUACAUCUCAACACUAUAAACCGACUACACCACAAGAUGUAGGUAAACAAGAUAUAAGACAAUUUAAGCUAUCUACUACUAGUAGCAGUGACAUAAUUUAUUAUGUGAAAUUAAGACCAGGGUUAAAGGAUUUCUUAAAUGAAAUCAGUCAAUUCUAUGAACUUCAUAUUUAUACAAUGGGAACAAGAGAGUACGCAGAUAUGAUUACAAAAGAAAUUGAUCCCAAGGGAACUAUUUUUAAAGAACGGAUCUUGUCAAGAAACGAAAGUGGAAGCGUAACACAGAAAAAGUUACAACGAUUGUUCCCUUGUGAUACAUCCAUGGUAGUAGUAUUAGAUGAUAGAUGGGAUAUUUGGAAUUUUUCACCUAAUUUAAUACGAAUUAAACCAUAUGAAUUCUUUAUUAACAUAAAUAAUGAUGAUGAUGAUUCAAACACAACAGAUCAUAUCCAACACAAUCUAACAACAACGCAAAAUGAUAACGAUAAUGAGUUAUAUACAAUGUUAAAGAUCCUUAAACAAGUCCAUCAAACCUUUUAUUCUAAACCAAUUCAAGAUAAAUCAACUGAUGUAACUCGAAUUAUACCAAUUAUGAAGCAACAAGUCCUAAAGGAUACCAUCAUUACCUUUUCUGAUCGCAUCUUACCUCAACAAAAUGACCCUUCAUUAUCUUGGAUUUGGCAAAUGGCAUCAUCAUAUGGUGCUCAUUGCUCUAUUGAUUUAACAGGCAAAACAACGCAUCUAAUUGCUAUUCCAGCUACUAGUCGAAAUAAAGUGAAGGCAGCUCGUCGAUAUGGCCAACCUAAUCUGCAUGUUGUAACACCAGGUUGGCUGUUUGACAGUACAGCAAGAUGGGCUAUUCAAUCUGAAGAGAAUUAUGCAUUACCUGAAUUGAAAUAUUCAAAUCAAGAUGACGAAGAGAAAGAGACACAAGAAGAAGAAGAAGAAGAAGAAGAUUUUGUCAAGAAUAUUAACUGGGAUGAAGCUGAUAGAGAAGUUGAAGAUUUUAUUAAUGAAAGUGGAAUUGAUGAUGUUUGGGGUGACACUGAUUCAGAAAAUAUGAUUGAAAACAAUAACAGUCCUACUACUUCCCGUAAAAGCACGCCUAGUCGUCGCAAUAACACAAACUGGAAAAGGAAACGAGUAGUAGUAGAAAGUGGCGGAGAUAGUGGCGGAGACGAAGAAGGUUCUGAAGAUGAAGUCAUGAGUUUUUUAGCUAAAAGAAGAUUAAAAGCAAAAAAACGUGGUAAAUCACAAUUAUCCAAAGUUGUAACUCUUUCUCCUUCAAAUAAUAGCAGUAGUGGUAGUUCUAGUGAUAACGAAGAUAGUUUAGAUGAAUUUGCUGAUAUUUUAGAUGAAGUUUUAGAAUAAAAAAAAUAAAAAAAGAGAGAAAGAGAAAUGACCUUGGUUUCAUUAUUACAUAAAAAAGGAAAGAUCUACAGAUUCUAUAAUAUUUGCUUACACAAAAGCACCACACACUGACAUAAACAAGCCAUAAAUUAAUUAUUAUUAUUCUGAC